UGAAGAGUGAGGUUGUGUGGCGCUGUAAGCGUGCCGUUCCAUAACAUGAUAGCGGCUAUGCACGAUGUUUAUUCAACUGAUGAGUGAUAAUGUGCUUACUUGAAGUUAUCAGUGCAUGGUGUUGUGGUAUAAAGUGAAGUGCUGCAAUGAUGCUUAGAAACAUGUGGAUUUUUGGGCUAAUUUUUUUACUGCCCGCCCACGCUUUUAUUGUGGUCGUACCUGAUUCAAGUGAAGUCGGUACCAGUAUUUUUGAAGCUAAUUUGGAUGGUCCAACUAACUAUAAAUUAGAUCCUAGAAGAACCGAUAGUCACGUGCACCGAUUCGUGCACGUAAAUUACGAAACCGGUGAAGUUACAGUGAAAAGAGAACUGGAAUGCUCAGGGGCUUAUUAUAGUAACCCCAUUUCAUUGUGGGUAGAGGCUUGGUCAGAUGCGAACCCUGCCCUUGAUUAUGUUGCUUACCCGCUUCGAAUCCUGGUGACAGGUUCUUCUUGUGAUCACGUGGGGGCUCUGACGAAAGAGGUUUCCAGUUGGAGAGACACCACCUCGCUUUCGAUUGCUCUUCCUGAAUCAUACGGAAAGGAUGAGUCUGGCAGCGUUUGCAUCCAACGUUCCCAGGUAAUCGUGCGUAUCCCAGCAUUGCUGCCCAAGUCUCUUCAGACAUGCAAGCUGAACUACAACCGAGUUUCAGACGCCAGAUUUGCUGUUGAAAAAGAAGCAGGUGAUUUAGUCAGUCUAUCGAAUGUGUGCCUGGGAGAAAUUACACGAGUAACUGUUUGGAUUCGGCUGCAAUGCCACCAUCUUGACACUGCGUACGAACACGGCUUGAUGCUUCUCCUCCACAAUGAUGCGCCUCCUCCAGAAGGGACUGUGAGACGCACAAGAAGACAAAUGGCUGCUGCAGCUCCGUACUUCGAAAGACCGCUUAUUGAAGCGCAGGUUCGCGAAGAAGAGAAUGAAGGGACUCCAGUGACCACCGUUACUGCGACUGACCCAGAAGGAGCAGCUCUGUCAUACUCCAUAAAAGCUGUGCGUGAUAGCAGGUCCGAAAAUAUGUUUAACAUUGAUCCCUCGUCUGGACUCGUGUCAACGACCACGCGUCUAGACCGCGAGCUCAUGGAUGAACAUUAUUUUCGAGUGAUUGCUGUUGAUCAAGCCGCAUCUCCUCCUAGGACUGCCACCACUAAUCUCAAAGUCACGGUUGCUGAUGCUAACGAUCACGAUCCGGUUUUUGAGCGUGAAGAAUAUUUUAAAUCAGUGCCAGAAGGACCUAAUAGCGGGAACACGCUUCUUAAAGUCCGUGCUACCGAUCAAGAUGCUGGACCCAACGCAGCAGUGACUUACACUUUGAUCGAAUCUUCAGAUCCAGAUAAAAUAUUUCGUUUGGAUCCUCGCACUGGUGAACUAGAAAGUCGACUACCGUUAGAUAGAGAACAGCAAGCAAUUUACCACUUGACCGUGCAAGCCGAAGAUGGUGGACCUCCUCAAGAACGCCGAUCAACAACUGCAAAAAUAGUUCUGACUAUACUCGAUGAAAAUGAUAACUACCCUCAGUUUUCAGAAAGCACAUAUACGGUAGAGGUACCUGAAGAUAUUAGCGCAGCUGCUUCACCAGUAAUAGCACACAUUCGAGCUAUAGACGCUGACUCCGGUGAAAAUGGGGAAGUUCGAUAUGCCAUAAUUGGAGGAAAUACUGCGGGACAUUUCACAAUUGAUGGAUUAACCGGAGAAGUGAGAGUUGUGUCGCCGCUCGAUCACGAGGGGACCAAAAGUUACCGAUUGGUCAUUAGGGCGCAAGAUUCUGGGUCUCCACCUCGCUCGAAAACGACUCAGCUUUUGGUGAAUGUUAGAGAUGUUAAUGAUAAUGUACCUCGGUUCUACACUCCUCUUUUCCAAGAAACAGUACAGGAAAAUGUGCCUGUAGGAUACUCGAUUGUACGAGUACAAGCCUUUGAUAGUGACGAAGGAGAUAAUGCAGUAUUGAGCUACAGACUUGAAGGAGGCGGAAUCGAUUUGCCAGUUUCAGUCGACCCUUCAACAGGCUGGGUUGUGACUCAAAAAGAACUUGAUAGAGAAGAGAAUCACCAUUACACUUUUACCGUCAUAGCGGCAGAUCAAGGAGAUCCUCCUCGGUCAGCCACUUCUACUGUAGUGCUACAAAUACAAGACCAGAAUGACAACGAUCCUAUCUUCAAUCCCAAAAAUUACGAAGUGGCGAUCAGCGAAACGGAACAGCCUGGCACUCCAGUGGUAACCGUAACGGCCACUGAUAGAGACGAAGACCCGCGACUGCACUACGCUAUCACUUCCGGUAAUCAGCGCGGAAGAUUUUCUAUCACGGCCCAGAAUGGUCGAGGUGUCAUUUCCCUGGCUCAACCAUUGGAUUUUAAACAAGAACGGCGAUACGUAUUAGCAGUUACCGCUACUGAUGCGGGAGGAAGACAUGAUUCUGCGACAGUUUAUGUUAAUGUUACAGAUGCAAACACAUUUCCACCUGUCUUUGAAAAUACUCCGUACUCUGCUACAAUUUUUGAAGAUGCUCCUGCUGGCAGUACAGUUCUGGUGGUAUCAGCUGCUGACAGCGAUUCUGGUGAAAAUUCUAGAAUUACAUACUCACUCAGCGGAGAAUCUCAACCAGAGUUUACGAUCCAUCCGAGUACCGGUGCCAUAACAACCACUCGGCUUCUUGACAGAGAGAGUCAAGGAGGUUAUCUACUUACGGUCACAGCAAGAGACAAUGGCAAACCUCCUCUUGCAGAUACGACCGAUGUUGAAAUCACUGUUGUGGAUGUGAAUGACAAUGCUCCGGUGUUCUCAGCCGCGUCUUAUCGCGCGACGGUCAGUGAAGACAAGCCUGUGGGUACAUCAAUUGCUCAAAUAAAAGCGAGCGAUGCUGAUGCCAGUCAUAACGGGAAUAUUCGUUACACAUUUGAAGGUGGAGAUGACGGAGACUCAACCUUCGCUCUCGAUCCUACGUCGGGAGUUUUACGAACUGCUCGGCUGUUGGACAGAGAAACAGUUUCCAGGUACAAUCUUAUUGCCUUAGCUGCUGACAAUGGUGACCCACCACGCUCGACCUCUGUUGUAAUAACUGUCGAUGUUGAUGACAUCAAUGAUAACGCUCCAAUGUUUGACACUGAGCACAUUCAGUUGUACAUCGCCGAAAACUCGCCCAUUGGGUCAACCGUUGGCGAAGUCCGCGCUCGGGAUCCCGAUGCUGGCCGCAACGCCAUCAUUGAAUACAGCAUCACAGGAGGGGUAGAUGCCGGUGACUUCGUUAUGGUAGCUCAUCCUACCGAGGGCAGGGCCGAACUCAUCACUCGUAUUGAGUUGGAUUAUGAGUCAUCCAAGAAAAAAUACUAUCUGGAAGUGAGCGCCACGUCCGACACUUUGAGUUCGUAUGUGCCCGUCACUGUACAUGUGGUUGAUGUAAACGAUAACAAGCCUGUGCUUGCCGACUUCAGGAUUAUUUUCAACAAUUUCAAGGAUCAUUUCCCAGUUGGACCUAUCGGCCGAGUCCCUGCCGUAGACGCCGACGUCACUGAUCAGCUGAGCUACAGUGUGGUUAGCGGCAACAAAGCGGGACUGCUGAACAUCGGUCGCGACUCCGGGGAAAUUUCCCUCUCUCCUGCCCUCAACAACAACGUUGCUACCACCGCCACCAUGAGGGUCGCUGUCUCAGGUAACUCCGACAACACCGUAAGCGACAGAACUCUCUUAAUUUCCAGCUUCCCUCAUUACAGCUCGCGUGUUUUUGCGCCUUCCCUCGGUUGGGUGUUCCCCCUCUUCCGCUUCUACGACCCUCAAGACAAACUAGCGCCCUUUAAUCCUUACUCCGAGGGCUUCCCUCACCUCUCAGACAAUGAUACGCUUCUCGCCGCGUGA